CUCCAUAUUAUCACCCAAAACCCUUCUCAACUCCUCACCGAUUCUCUGAAAUCCGGCGAAAAUUAUCGAUGGCAUUAUCGAAACCUUCCUUCUUGACGCACCUCAAAACCCUAACCGGAUCCCACCAUUUGCUCCGGCACCAUGCACCGGCUCCUCCCGUCGUCGCCCUUCGUUCUCUCUCUUUUGCUACGCCGGAGGAAGCUGCUGCGGAACGACGCCGUCGGAAGCGCCGCCUCCGCAUCGAACCUCCUCUCUCUUCCUCCUCUGCUACUCGCCCUCAAUCGCAGCCUCCUAAACCUCAAUCCCCACAAAACCCUAAUGCCCCCAAACUCCCUGAGCAUAUCUCUGCUCUCUCUGGUAAUCGCCUUAACCUCCACAACCGCAUUCUCACUCUCAUUCGUGAAAAUGAUCUGGAAGAAGCCGCGCUUUUCACCCGCCAUUCCAUUUACUCCAAUUGUCGACCCACGAUCUUCACCGUCAAUGCCGUUCUCAAUGCACAGCUUCGCCAAUCAAAGUACUCCGAUUUGCUUUCACUCGACCGGUUUAUUACACAGGCUGGUGUCGCUCCCAAUAUUAUUACUCACAAUUUGAUUUUUCAGAUGUAUUUGGAUUGUCGUAAGCCGGAUACGGCAAUGGAACACUAUAAGCAGUUGAUCAAUGAUGCGCCUUUCAACCCGUCGCCCACGACUUACAGGAUCUUGAUUAAGGGGUUGGUAGAUAACAACAAAUUGGAGAGGGCAAUGGAGCUGAAAGAGGAAAUGACUGUGAAAGGUUUCGUUUCAGACCCUAUUAUUUAUCAUUAUCUGAUGGUGGGCUGCCUGAAAAAUUCGGAUCCCGAUGGAGUUUUUAAGCUAUUUGAAGAAUUGAAGGAGAAAUUAGGAGGGGCUGUGGAAGAUGGAGUUGUUUAUGGAAGCUUGAUAAAGGGGUACUUUAUAAGAGGAAUGGAGGAGGAAGCAAUGAAAUUUUAUGAGCAGACUGUGGGUGAUAAUUCAGAAGUUAAGAUGAGCGCCAUUGCGUACAAUUCUGUGCUUGAUGCGUUAUGCAAGAAUGGAAAGUUUGAUGAGGCCUUGGUGUUGUUUGAUAGGAUGAUAAAGGAGCACAGUCCGCCCAGGCGUUUGACAUUGAACUUGGGAAGCUUUAAUGUGAUAGUUGAUGGAUACUGCACAGAAGGGAGAUUCAGAGAUGCCGUUGAAAUAUUCGAGAAGAUGGGUGAUUACAGGUGUAGCCCAGAUACUUUAUCAUUCAAUAAUUUGAUCGAACAAUUAUGUAAUAAUGGAAUGUUGGCUGAAGCCGAGGACCUUUACGGAUCGAUGGGUGAUAAGGGAGUCAGCCCUGACGAGUUUACUUAUGGCUUGUUGAUGGAUUAUUGCUUUAAAGGGAACAGGCCAGAUGAUGCAGCUGGAUAUUUUAGAAAAAUAGUAGAAUCCGGACUCAGACCCAAUAUAGUAGUUUAUAAUAGAUUGGUAGAUGAGCUGGUCAAAUUAGGGAAAAUUGAGGAAGCAAAUUCUUACUUUGACAUGAUGGUGAAGAAGAUCAAGAUGGAGGCCUCAAGCUAUCGUUUUAUAAUUAAGGCGUUAAGUGAAUCCGGGAAAGUAGAUGAAAUACUAAAUGUGGUCAAUACUCUUCUGGAUGACGAUGGGAUUGAAUUUACUGAAGAGUUGCAGGAGUUUGUAAGAGGUGAGCUGAGGAAGGAAGACAGAGAAGGGGAUUUAGCUAAAGUUAUGGAAGAGAAAGAAAGAGUGAAAGCUGAAGCGAAGGCGGCAGAGGCACAGAAGAGAAGUGCUAAAGCUGCGGUCUCUUCUUUACUGUCAUCCAAGCUGUUUGGGAACAAGGAAGGUGAGAAGGAAUCUGCAGAGAACGAAAUGCAAUCUGGUCAGGAAGACACUGGUAAGACUGCACUACCGGAAUCUAACCCUUGAAGUUGCACAGAAAGACGUGAGAAAUGAAUUGUGUGAUCCCUUCUUUGUUUUUGUCAACUCUAUUAUUUGUUUUGCUCCAUUACAUGGGAACGUGAUCUGCUUUCCGUUUCUCCUAACCAAUUAGGCAAGAGUUAGAACCUGUUUAGUUUAGUUGUACAUUUUAUCCUGUAUCUGUAACAUUUUUGCUUCUAAUGUUAAUCUAAUCUGUCGGAGCUUCCACUGA